AUGAGUAGUGAUCAUAUUGACCGCCGCUAUAUGAGUGAUGAUGAUGGCGAUGACGGUGACGACUCAUUCAGCAUAUUGGAGAAGAUCCCCCACGGAAUAAAUAACAAAAGACAUGGAAGAAGAAGUUUGACCUUGGAUUCCAACAAGGAAAACAAUGAUCUAAUUAAAAUGGGACCUCUCACAGUUUCAAGGAGCACAAGUAAUAACAAGGCCAUUUCUAAGAAAUGUCUCAUGAGAUCCAAAGCUAAUUUGGAUGAGAAAUUCAGAUUGAUUGCAGAAAAAAAUGAUCACAAGACCAAACGCCUCCUUCAAGACCAUGCUGAUAAAGAAGAAGAAGAAGAAGAAGAAGAAAGACAAGAAGAAGAAGACAUGGAUGUUGAAAUGCUUUCACAGGGAGAUAUUACCAAAAGUGGGGUAAUUGAUGUUGCCGAAUUUGAGGAAGAGGAAGGAAAGAGAGAAAGUGAACAAAAUAAUGAAGUGGAAAUAGGCCGGGCUAAAAUGGAUCAAUCAGAGUUUUUUAUGGAUAGUAGAUUCGAAUAUUCUUUUGAAGAGGGAGGUACCAAAUUUUACAGGGUUGAAAAAGGAUAUUAUGUCGAUGAUAAUGGCAAAUAUUGGAUCGAGGGUAAGGACGGCCAACUUUACCUCGAAGAAGAACAAGGGGAAGGAAAACAAGAAAAUGAAGAUGAUAGUGAAUAUCACCAGGAUUUCAGAAGAUAUGCUGCAAAAGAAUCGCAUUUUGAGAAAACCCCAAGUAACCAACUAUCAUCAUACAACUCCAGCAGACAGUCAAAUAGUGACGAUGAGAGUUAUCCACGAACCCCAACAGAAAACGAAAUUCGUACUCCUCUUGUUAGUCCGGGUUUUUCAAUUAAGCGCCGCUCUUUAAUUGGCGAAGUUAGCGCUCAAAGAAAGCUCCACAAGAAAAAUCCUGAGCCUGAACCUUCAACCAUUGAUGCAAUUCUAAAUCGAGAAUAUCUCAUGAGUGCUAGAAAAAGGGGAAUUUUGAAAGGCAGGACUCCAAAGAAGACUAAGAGCCCUAGCAAGGUCGAUAUUGACAAUAAAGAAAAUGAAGGACAUGAUGACAUUAGUGACAAUGAGCAACUCACAAGAAUUGAAGAGGAUAGCCCAAUUAGUAAAGGCCCCGGGGUGACUUUCCUACACAGCGAAAAAAAGGUUCGCGCCACCAAUAGGGAUAAAAAAAUGUUCAAUAUGACUAGAAAACUUUUCCUUAAGGGUAGCAAUGCAGGUACAAACAAGGAAGCUGAUGAUUCAGGGGUUACUUUUGAUAAUACUGAUAUGUUCUAUUCCAUUUCUUCACCUGCCGAAAACUCCAGGAGAUCAUCGAUGGCGAGCAAUAAUGAUGAUGAGGAUCAGGUACCAACUACACCAACUCGAAUGACUGAAGCCGUUGCAGUUAGUCCAAGAACUGAACAGGUAAGCAGAAUUAUAGAUGAUGCUGAUAUUUCUUUAGAUACUUCCAAACCAGUUAACGUAGAGACCACUGUUAGUCCUUUAUCAACACAUAAGCCAAAAAUGUCUCCCAGAAAAUCUAAGUCACCCUUGAAGAAACUUCAAGAAACUGUUGUGAAGUUGUCCGCUGCCAAAGAAAAUAGGAGAGAUUCAUUACUCGGGAUUGCUGAUGAUGAAGACGAAGAGAUAUUAUCUGAGUUAGCAAAAUUGGUCAAAGAAACACUUGCUGAAAGGAAUCUUGAAGCUUCGAGAGAUGAUUCAGAGAUAACAUUUGAAAAUCCUGCAGAAAAGCCAACUUUUUCAAUUAAGCAAUUUGCGAAAAUCCAAAGUGAAUACGAUGAAGAUUUACGGGUCUUGAAAUUAGAGUUGAGCAACAAAAAUAAAGAGCUUUUGAAACUAUCAGAAGCAGCUUCAGCAUCCAAUCUAAAAAUUCAAGAUUUGGAACAUCAACUUGAUGAUUUGAAAUUAAUUGAGAAACAAUUACAAGAAAGAAAUAAGUUCUUGACAAAAGAAUACGAGAUUUUUGAGAAAAAUGUCAACGUCUUACAAACGGAUGUAAUUUCCAAAGAUGAAAAAUUAGCCUCGUACACGAGAUUGGGCGAUAGGUUCAAAAAUCUUUACAAAGAAAAGCAAACAGAACUCCAAAAAUUGAGACAAGAAAGGGAGCAACAUCUUGCUGAAAUUGAGGACUUAAGUAACGAGAAGAUUUUGCUUACCAACAAAGUGGAAUUUUUACAAGGUAAGGCUAUAAAGAUGAACAAUGAAAUUAUUGUCAAAGAUGAGCGUAUUCAAGAGGUGGAAACGCAGCUUGAGGAAUUGAAAGAAAAGCAUGAAGCGAUGGAUGAAGAAAAUUUUGGCUUAAAACAUCAAAUUGAUGAAAUCAAUAAACAAAGGGCCGACGUUACUGAAAAACUAAAUGAAUUGAAAGCCGGAGCCAGGCAAGAACAGUCAAUGAAAAAUAAUUUGGAGCUAUCUAUUAGUGAGUUGAAGGAAUCAGGUGGUGAAAUGAAGAGGGUUCUUAAAGGUUAUGAAAAAGAAAUUGAGAGUUAUAAAGACGAUAUUCGUGUCAGAGCUUUGGAAAAUGAACAGCUCAUUAAGGAAAGCAAUGAAGCCACAGAAAUGGUUAGACAUAGAGAUAGGAAAUUAAACGAGUUGGAAAAUGAGUAUGAGAAACUUAAAUCCAAGUAUCUUGAUGCUUUGGAUGAGCAAAAAUCGAAAUUAGCAGAGAUUAAUUCUAUCAACAAUAAAAUUGGAAUUUUGAAUAAAACUGUUAGCGAACUAACCGAUAGAAAUAAUCAAUUGAAGAUUCAAGUUGUAAAGUACAAGGAAGAAUUAUCUGACACCAAAGAACUCAUGAAGUACACCCAGCGUGAUUAUGAUAAGUUAAAGGACAAGUAUGAUGAUCUCAGACAUGAUUCUGCAGACAAGCAACAACAAUUAUCUAGAUAUCAGCAGAGACUAAGCCAUUCUGAGGAAAAUUAUAUCGAAGAAUUAGAGAAAAUUAAACAUCAAGUUAUUGUCUUGCAAAACACUAUCAAUUCCAAGGAUGUUGAGUUAUCGCAUAUGGAAGAUAAUAAAAUGCUGUUAUCUGUGGAAAACGACAGAUUGAAUGAAAAAUUAGCAGGAGCUAAUGAUGAAUUAUCGGAUGCCAGAAGACAGCUCACAAGAUUGAGAUCUCAACAACUUGAGUCAGAAAAAAAGACAGAAGAGCGCUUGAAGAAGUUAUCUGAUGAUUUAUACGUUCAAUAUUCGCAAAAGCACACCAACAAAGUCCAAAUAUUGAAAGAAGGGUAUGAAAGAAAGUAUUCAUCAGAGUUCAAUGCUGUGAAAUCAGAAAAUGAAUCGUUGAAAAGAGAAGUUGAAGCUUUCAAACAACAAUUGGAAAAUGAGAGGAAGGGUAAAUCUGAAUUGGUGAAGUUGUGGGAUAAGAUGGUGGUUAUGGAGAAUGCUGGCGAUAAGCUUUGA